AGAUCUAUUGAUGACCAUGGAAUUCAUUUUCUGUUCACCAUCAUUCUGGUAACCCCUGGUAACAUCUUCUAUACAAAAUGAUAAAGGCUUCAUUCAGAGGAGGCUACGACGCCGACAAUUCCGAUGCCUCCGCCUCUGUCGUAGUUAACACCGGCGGUAUCAACCUACGAGCUUCCACCACCGGCGACACCUUCGUUAAUGGUCCUUCUUUAAAUGGCCUUACCCUAUCCGUAGAAAACCCAGGAUUCUUCAACGUGGACUAUAACGUCCAGAAAAAGGAUGUACGAUUCCAAUUCAUGAAUACUGUUCGGGUUAAUGAGAAGCCGUUGAACUUGACAUACACACAUUCGUUGGUUGAGGAUCGGACGGCAUUGGACGGUACGCUCUUGUUGGAUUCUAAUCAUAAGGUUUCGGCGAACUAUGGAUUUGAGUCGGGGAAUUGUAAGGUGAAGUACACUUACAUGCAUGGAGGUGUGAUGACGAUUGAGCCGUGUUAUGAUUUUGCGGAGAAUUCGUGGGACUUAGCGGUAUCAAGGAGGAUUUAUGAUGGCAGUGUGGUUAGGGGUUCUUAUCAUUCGUCCACUAGGAUUUUGGGGUUGGAUUGGAAAAUUAAUUCCUCUACUAAUGGAAAUAUCAAGCUUUCUGCAUCAGUCAAUUUAGCAGAGGAGAAAAAGAUGCCAAAAUUUACUGCUGAGAGUAUCUGGGAUUUUGAGAUGUGAUUGCUCCAACUGAGGUACAGUAAAAAGACGCAAAGUUUUGUAGUAAUCCUUCCUUUUACUAUUAUCUUUAAAAAUGGAAAGUCAGGGUAGUUCUUGUAUAUAGCUUAUCUGCAUAAUUUAUCCUUUGAUGAUUCUUGGUUAUUGUAUGAUGCCGCAUUCCAGUCGUCGUACCUUUGACCAUGAGGCUACAUUGCUUGUAUAACCAGUGAACCAGAAUUACCAAAUCAAAUUCCUCUAUUUUCAUCGUCGAAUUCUGCAUCAAUAGAUGUGGAAUUUUCGAAUUUCACCAACUACCUACCAAACCAAACCCAAGACAAGGAAUUGUAUUUAGUCACUGAUCUUCUAACAAUAUGAGGUUAAGUAGGAUUAUUUGUUGA